UUAAAUACGUUAUGAAAAUGCCGUUCAAAUUUCAUUUGAAAAAAAGUCGGCAGUAUAACGUGGUGUCCAAAAAUCAGUAUGUGAUCUGCAUAGAACUAUUGGAUGCCACCUCUAUAGAAUGCACAUUGAGCAUUGACAGCCUUGGCCAAGAGUGCUUGGACAAUGUGACUCAACGUUUAGGCUUAGGACAGCCUGAAUUCUUUGGCCUACGUUAUAUUUCAAGGCACGAUUCUCCAUCUCCAAGAUGGAUCGACAUGGACAAACCAUUGAAGAAACAAUUGGAGAAAGAAGCCAAAAAUUUUAGUUUAUAUUUGAGAGUUAUGUAUUAUGUUACGGACAUGCAGUUUAUUCAAGAUGAAAUGACAAGGUAUCACUAUUAUCUUCAAUUAAAAAGUGAUGUAUUGGAAGGUAGAUUUCAAUGUAAUUCUAGGCAAGCAACUCUUUUAGCAAGUUACUUAAUGCAAGCAGAAUUUGGUAACUAUGAUGUGGAACGUCAUACAAUGGAGUGUUUGCAACAAUGUAUAUUAUUUCCCAAAGAUGUUAUUCAAGCAGAUACUGGAGGACAAGAUUCUCUUUUGCAUACUGCUGUAUCUCAGUAUAAGAAUCUGGUCGGUGUUACCCAGGCUGCUGCAGAGGAACUAUAUAUUUCUGUUGUUGUGCAGCUAGAAGGAUAUGGAAAUGAAACGUUCUCUACCAAGGUGGAAAGACAUAAGCAAUGUGAUCAAUCACAAAAAGACAUUUAGAAUAGAAUGUCAAACCGAAGGCGAAGAUCCAAAACAAUUCAUAUUUACCGAAUCGCGGAAUGCAAAAUAUGUGUGGCGUUUAUGCAUAGCGCAACACACAUUUUACAUGCAGCAUCAAGAAUCUCGACCAAUAGAGAGAUCAACUAAUGGUUACAUCGAUAGCGAUACGAAUGACUCGGGCGAUCAUGCGGUAUCGGUAAAUUUGGAUAACAAAAAUGCAGAGGGUCACACAAGAUGGACUAGUUACAAUGAUCUGUCAACAUCACCGUAUCCUGUUGUGUCAUCUACAGACAUCAAUAACUUACGUGCCUUACUUCCGUCCUAUCGACCAGCUCCUGAUUAUGAAACUGCUGUUCAAAUGAAAUAUAAUAACGGAGGAAAUCCACCUCAGCCUUAUUACGCUAAUCAAUCUAUCGUGGGUGCAGAUAUUUCGUGCCUUCUUAGUAAUGUGGUUAAUCGAAAUAGAUAU